UCUUCCUUGUGGGAGCGAGUCACAUUCAUCAGCCUGCUGCGGCGCUCGUGGGGGAGGCGCCCUGGGGGCGCCCUGGGGUGCAAAAGUGGGGGAGUACUAAAGGACGGUUUUGUCCCCGGACUGCGGAGGGGCCCCCUUAGAGAGGAGCGAGGCGCGCGGCUCGGGCGCCCGGAUCCCCGCUGACAGCGCGCCCCGCGGGCCGGGGUCUUUCUCCCCAGGGACCUUUCCUGCCUGUGCUUAGGAGACACAGAGACAGAAUGGAUGGGGAGACUGCGGGCCGGGCGGACGUGUCCCCGUGUCUGAGGAGUGUGGCCAGGCCUGCUGGUAGCAACCCCCGGGGGGCACCCGCCGCCACCGCCAGAUCCCAACUGAGGGCGCCCUUCCGGGGAGCUGCGUGGUCACACUGAGGAAGGCGCCCGCAGCCCUGCAUCCCCCGCAGCCCCUGGUGAGCCCGGCUAGUCACUCCGCAGCCUGCGCCCACGCCGCACCAUGGAUCGGCCGUCGGAGGCGGCCGGGGUCGGCAAGACGGAGCCAGGCCUGCACCCCUACACCUGCAGUGAGUGCGGCAUGGUGCUGCCCUGCGCCGCCGACCUGAACCUGCACAUGCAGAUGCACCCGGGCAAGCACCCGUGCGUGUGCCAGGAGUGCGGGCGCGCCUUCAGCCAGGCUGCUGACCUGGCCGACCACCUCAAGUACCACACGGGCGAGAAGCCCUUCAAGUGCGACCAGUGCUGGCGGGCCUUCGCCACCCUGUCCAAGCUCACGGCCCACUUCCGCUCGCACACAGGCGAGAAGCCCUACCCCUGCAACAUCUGCGGCAAGACCUUUGCCUGCUCAUCCUACAUCACCAUCCACAAGCGCGUGCACACGGGCGAGCGCCCCUACGCCUGCCCCGAGUGCGGCAAGCGCUUCGCCGAGUCGUCCAUCCUCACCAACCACAUCAAGGUGCACACGGGCGAGAAGCCCUACGCCUGCAAGGAGUGCGGCAAGGCCUUCAUCAAGGCCUCAGGCCUGGCCGAGCACAUGAACACGCACACGGGUGAGAAGCCCUUCGCCUGCCGCGAGUGCGGCAAGGCCUUCAUGAAGUCGUCGGGGCUGGCGCUGCACGCCAAGAUCCACACGGGCGACAAGCCCUACCAGUGCGACAAGUGCGGCAAGGCCUUCUACGCCUCGUCCAACCUCACCAAGCACUUCCGCACGCACACGGGCGAGAAGCCCUUCCAGUGCAACGUGUGCGGCAAGACCUUCACCACGCUGUCGUACGUCACCAUCCACAAGCGCUCGCACACGGGCGAGAAGCCCUACGCGUGCAAGAAGUGCGGCAAGGCCUUCACGGCGUCCACGCACCUGGCCAAGCACCUGCGCUCGCACACGGGCGAGAAGUACGAGUGCGACCUGUGCGGGAAGAGCUUCGCCAAGGCUUCCAGCAUCCUCAUCCACAAGCGCACGCACACGGGCGAGAAGGCCUUCGAGUGCAAGGAGUGCGGCAAGGCCUUCUUCGACUCGUCGGGGCUCACGGCCCACAAGAAGAUCCACGCGGGCGUCAAGCCCUACGAGUGCAACCUGUGCGCCAAGGCCUUCAUCAAGUCGUCGGCGCUCAUCAAGCACAUGAAGAUCCACACGGGCGAGAAGCCCUACGUGUGCGCCGAGUGCGGCAAGGCCUUCACGCGCUCGUCGGGGCUGUCAGUGCACAUGAAGAUCCACACGGGCGAGAAGCCCUACAUCUGCGACAAGUGCGGCAAGGCCUUCGCCUCCUCCACGCACCUCACCAACCACUUCCGCUCGCACACGGGCGAGAAGCCCUUCCAGUGCAACGUGUGCGGCAAGACCUUCGCCUGCUCGUCCUACAUCACCAUCCACAAGCGCUCGCACACGGGCGAGCGGCCCUACGAGUGUGAGGAGUGCGGCAAGGCCUUCACGGCCUCCUCGUGCCUCAUCAAGCACUUGCGCUCGCACUCGGUGUAGGCGGGCUGGGGGCUGGGGGGAUUCGCACCCGCCCGUCCCUCUCCCUGCCCGUCCCCAGGGCCCCCUGCCCUACUCGCUGCGUGUGGAGCCCUGGCUGGCCUCUCUCUCCACCCCCUCACCCAGUCGCCCCAAACCCCCCAGACACUCAGGCCUUAGUGGGACGCCAUGCAAAUCCCACAGCCCCGCCUCGGACCCCAACUCUUUGCAAAGGCCACUCACUUUUUCUCUUUCUGAGACUUUUCGCUGCCCGGAUCUCCGCCAGAGGUUCCUGAACAUUCGCUGGUUCGAUGGAUGGAAAUCCUGAACGUGCGCUGUUGAGGGGCGGCAGGAUUCGUGUUGGAAAGGGGGGUGCCACCCCAGGUGGGCUCCCCCAGUGAGCCCCAGAGGGUUAAGGAUUCAGUUGGGAUGGUGAGGAAGUGGACCCUUGUUGUCUGCAUCCUGGAGGCUCCCACGUUUGUCCCGGGUCCCAGGAUGCCCAAGUCCGCACGCAGUGUGUGUGUGUGUGUGUGGGGGGGGGGGUGCUGCCUGCUUGCAUCUCACCACCCUGGACAGACCCCGUCACCCUGCCAGGGAAGCUUCAAGAGUCCCCUCAGGUCCGCUGCGCCCGAGGACAGUGUGCGACCAUGUUUGUCACAUGUUCUGCGAAGGAUGGGACGGAGGCAGCCCAGGCCUCUGCCCACUCAGCUGUUUUGUUGAGCUGUGUGAAUGGGACAGAAGGACGCAGGGGGUCUGAUGAGUGGGGGGUCUCCACUGCGUCAGGUGAACCCCAAAGUUUCCUGGAUGGAGAGCUGCUCUGCGCCAGGAAGAUUACUGGCGGAAGAUGGUCUGCUCGUGCCUGACGGGGUUAGACGCCGUCGGCCCCUGGACCCCUGUCCAUUGCCGCCCACCUCGCCCCGUCCUUAACUGUUAGGGUGUGGACACGCAGCCUGUGGCUCCCUGAACCUGAAAUCGUGGCGGUUUCUAGCUGAGGCAGGGACUUCGGGGUGACCGUGCGGGCUGGGGGGGUGAAGCACGUCCGAGCCAGCUCUGACCAACGCUGCCUUUCUGCCAAUAGCCAUACCGGGCCCGCCACGGGGCCUGCCUCCGCCUUCCAGCCACCCAAAGCCAGCCAGUUUAUUCUUCUAUAAACCCCCUAUGGUCCCGGGACAGGGACAGGACACGGUGAGCCGCAGGGAACCCCAGACGCAGCACGGCAACACGCUCUGCAGGGCCCUCCUGCCCUCCCACCCUCCCGCCCUCGGCAUUGCCUCGGUGUGGUGUGCAGAUGGGGAGAGAGAGGCGGGGGCGGGGGUGGGGUGCCCCAGCCCUGGGGGAGCUUGGAUUCCUAUCCUGGAAAGAGACCGGAUGGUAGUGGACGUUUGUUCCCCUCAAAUGGGGGGCCCCCGCCCCCUUGCUGCGAAGACUUGUGUCCAGGCCCUGUGUCUGAGUCCCGAGGGCCCAGAAGCCCCGGCCACAGCCCUCUACGGGUAGGGGCUUACACAUGAACCCGUGUGUUGCAGGCACAGGGGGGCAGGGCGGGGGGAGGCUGAGGAGGGUCCAUGCCGGCUCUGGGGGACUUGGGGCUAGUGUGGGGGCCGGGGUGGUCAGUGUGUGUUUGCUAGUUGCUGAGUCGGGGGUCGGGGGCCGAGUUCUAUCUCUGUUGCCGUCCAGGACUGGGGUGAGCCCCAGGAGGGGCUCGUCCCAGCCAAGACCCACCCACCCCACCCCUGCCCCACCAGAUGUCCAAGUAGCAAGGAUUUUUAAAAGAUAAUAAAAAAAAAGAAUGUAAGGACACAGUUAAUAGAUAUACUCAAGGUCACAGGAAUCAGAAAAUAAAUGCUUUUGGAGACCAGUA